ACACAGCCUGUUUAUCGAUGCAUCUCCAAACAGACGCCUGUAAUUCGUUCUUUCCUUCGGAAAGAAUGGCACCGUCAGCAGCUGUAGCAGCUGCUUUUCCACUCAUCUCCUCUUUCUUCCGCUCUCCUCCCAUCCCGUCCCACCAUUCCAAGAAAUCCGAAUCUCUUCCUCUCAAAUUCCUCCUUUCUAAAUCACUCCUCCACAAAACCUCAAAUUCCAUCUCAGUCCCCAACGCAAAGCCCUCAUCUCCCUUUCACGAAUUCCUCUUCUCCCAAAACAGUUCCAUCUCCUCAAACUCAUCACCAUCUCCUCUCGAGUCCUUUUUCGUCCUUUGCACCUCCCUCGCCCUCUCCUUCUCACUCCUCGUGGCUGAUGUGGAUGCCGCGUCGGCCUUCGUCGUCACUCCUCCCCGGAAGCUUCAGUCCGACGAGGUCGCCACCGUCCGUCUCUUCCAGGAGAACACCCCGUCCGUCGUCUACAUCACCAAUCUCGCGGCCCGGCAAGAUGCUUUUACAUUGGAUGUACUGGAGGUGCCUCAAGGGUCUGGAUCAGGAUUCAUAUGGGACAAAGAUGGACACAUCGUCACGAAUUAUCAUGUCAUUCGGGGGGCGUCGGAUCUCAAGGUAACUCUUGCUGACCAAACAACCUAUGAUGCAAUGGUUGUCGGAUUUGAUCAAGAUAAGGAUGUUGCUGUUUUGCGUGUUGAUGCCCCGCAAGAUAAACUGAGACCUAUACCUGUUGGUAUCUCUGCAGACCUGCUUGUUGGUCAGAAAGUAUUCGCUAUUGGAAAUCCCUUUGGCCUUGACCAUACACUCACAACUGGUGUUAUCAGUGGACUUCGCAGAGAAAUAAGUUCUGCUGCAACUGGACGUCCCAUACAGGAUGUUAUUCAGACGGAUGCUGCCAUAAAUCCUGGGAAUAGUGGAGGGCCACUCCUCGAUAGUUCAGGAAGCUUAAUCGGGAUAAAUACAGCUAUUUACUCUCCAUCAGGAGCAUCCACUGGUGUUGGCUUUUCAAUUCCAGUAGAUACGGUCAGUGGCAUUGUUGACCAGCUGGUAAAGUUUGGGAAAGUCACUAGACCUAUUAUAGGGAUUAAAUUUGCACCAGAUCAAUCGGUGGAGCAGCUGGGGCUUAGUGGAGUGCUUGUCCUAGAUGCUCCUGCAAAUGGUCCAGCUGGGAAAGCGGGUCUGCAGCCAACCAAACGAGAUGCCUAUGGGCGACUUAUCUUGGGUGACAUCAUUACAUCUGUCAAUGGGAAAAAGGUCUCUAGUGGGAGUGAUUUGUACAGAAUCCUCGACCAAUGUAAAGUUGGUGAUACAGUGAUGUUAGAGGUCAUUCGUGGUGACCACAAAGAGAAACUCCCCGUAAUCCUUGAACCAAAGCCUGAUGAAACAUGAUUGUUGGGGUGGGCCAGGAUCGAAGGGUCAUAAAGUUACGAGCGCUCCCUUGUAUUUAUUAGCACGUGUAUAUUGAAGUAAUCUCUAUUGCUGUGUAGUAUUGAGAUGCCUAUCAAUGGAAGUAUUUGUGUACAUAAUACAUCUUGCUGUUAUGGCAACACAUCUGCUGUUAUUCAAAAUUAGUUUCGUCA